CGUUGAGUUGCGUCUAUCAAAAAGAAGCUGUCAUUUUGCUCCUUUUUUGUCAUCUUUGAGGACUUCAUAAAAUGUUUUAUUAAUUCAGUUUUCACCAAGAAAUAUUUAAUUUAGCUCGGUGUUUCAGUUCUUACUAGUGAGAAUGUCGUGCUUAGACAAUGUGCCCCUUCACGCAUGUGUGUGGUUUGAGGACGGAGGAAGUAGGAAGACAUCUCUAGCUGCUAUCACAGCAGGAUUUUUGUUCUUCACCGGCUGGUGGUUCAUGAUUGAUGCUACUUUUGUUAACUCAGAUCAAAUGAGUGGUGGCUAUCAUGUGUGUGGAAUCGUUGGUACUAUUUCCCUAAUUAUGGUGAACAUUGUAUCGAAUGCUCAGAUUGAAGGCGACUCAUACUCGGGCGGUUGUUUUGGCUCUCGUGGUGCCAGAGCUUGGCUUUUCAUGGGAUUUGUGCUCGGAUUCGCCUCUGUCAUCGCAUCCUGCUGGAUUCUCAUUGCAGACUUCUUAGGACCAGGAUCUAAAUCAAAUACAUGGGUUGGUGUCAGUCUGUUCAUCCAGAAUUUCCUGAUUUUUGCUGCAUCUCUAGUCUACAAAUUUUGCCGAGUGGAUGAUUUUGUGUAUUAAGCUCUCGAAAUGUAAUUGUGACUGUAGCUAUUGCUGAACAUCACCAGAGCUUACAGUUUUGAAGAAACUCCAGCCUCAGCCUGAGGACAAAGACGUUUCUUUCUUUUAAUCCUUUAUCUGCAUUGUUUUUUCAUGAGUUACUGGAUACACAUUAUGAAUGUGUCAAGUAAUAAGGGCUGUGUAACCUUUCUAAAGUGAGAGCCACAAGGUUAGUGCUGUGAAACUUUUAGAAUGUAUGUACUUUUGAAUCGGAGUGUCAUUUUCAAGUUUUGUAACAAACGAAAAUGGUUUUGUUCAUCGUAGACUAAAGACUGAUGAAUGAAGAGAAACAGUUAUGACAAGAAAAUUUAGAAUUUCACAAUAAACAGCCCAUAUGAUUGAACAGCCUAUCAAUCAGCCAGUUUUUGAACAAGAGAAGUCUACCAAGCUAACGUCCAAAAAUUUGUCUCCAGUGUCUUUCAAUGCCCGCAGCUUGUAUUAAACUCAGCUACAUCAGUGCUACUUGUUAUUUUGUUGUCUAAAGAUGAACUCUUCAGAAAAGAAAAAAACGUACUUUUGUUAUCUAAUGUUCCAUGUUUACUUGAAAUUAAAUGGCUCUCAUGAUAGUUGAGUACUCAAUUCAGGAACUCAGAGUACAGCAA